UUGGCGAUCGUGAGACACGCGAGUGAGUUAAUACUGAUCAUUCUUUGAGUGUCGUGCGAUGCUGUAGCUCGACAGCUUAAUUAAGACAGAUUGAACGAGGUUCGAUGGAACAUCAGAUUGUCAGAUAUAUAGAUACGUUUGUGUGUGAACUUUUACGAUCUUUGUUAUGCGCAGCUUUUGUUCACACUCAUGCACUUUCUCAUUUGUUGUUGCGCUUGUAAAGGUUCGUUGAAGAACAAUAAAAGUGCAGCGUGACAUUUUCGCAGUGUAUGGCACGCGGGAUCGCGCGCGAUAUUGUUUGACGGGGAGGAAGAGUGCCAUUCGUGAAUUUUGCACGGUGAAGAGCAAAGGGAAUGGAUUCGAUACGAGACUUGAAGCGAUUGCUGUAUGAACGUACGGAGGCAUUGCGACGUCGCGAUGAGAUCGUCGAAAUACUUGAAAAGGCGCUCGAGGAACGCGACGCUACGAUCCGUUACCUCCAGAAUGAGAUCGAUAAGUUCCGGCAGAUUGUCGAGCUGAAUCUGGCGUCUACUGCCAUCGAUUCUAAUCAGAGACUGAAGCGACAAGCCAUAUCAGCCGAACCUAUCAGAAGUGAUACGAAACCGGUGAUGAAGUUUACCAAGCCGCAAAGAUCUCGCGAGCUGAUCAAAACUGCCAUACUGGACAACGACUUUAUGAAAAAUUUGGAACUUACGCAAAUCCGGGAGAUUGUCGAUUGCAUGUAUCCUGUUACAUUUCCAGCCGGUUCGAUAAUUAUACAAGAGGGAGAUGUCGGCUCUACUGUCUUCGUCAUGGAGGAUCUCUCGCACGGGAAAAGCUUUCACCAUUUAUUUCUUUCCUGCAUAAUUACAAUUGACAAUAUGGAAUCAACAGGAAAAGCAACGAGUCUUUCUAAGAAGAUUGUAUUGUUAUUAACUGGAGUUACCUGUUCUGCUUUGAGAUGUUUACAAAUCUCCUUAUAUCUUCAACAUUUGUGCAAAUAUUUUAAAAACAUGAUAUCGUAAUUUUGUUUAUAGACUCUAUGCAAAAUAAA